AUGAGGAAAAGCUUGAGAAUACUGUCUAAUUUGAGGAGUUCUUUUAGCUCGGAUUAUGGUAAUUUUCUUGGAACUGAAUUUUUUCUGAAAAGAAAGGAUGAAUUAAAAGAAGAAGAUAGUGGUUUUUUAGAGGAACCAAGUACACCUAGCCUGACACCUCGUGAAAAUACUCUUUGUGACAAAUCUAAAAUAAGUUCAAUUAUCUCAAACCUCACUUUAAACUUCUCGAGAAGGGUCCCAUCAAAGAUAAAACCAGUUUUAUAUGCUUCAAUUGAGGAAAACAUUGACAAAAUCUCCCUUGCCGACAUUCUGGAUUUAGUCAUUGCUCUGAGAAAGUGCAACAGUUUUAGCAGUAAAUUAUUUAAACUAUUUCUGGAAAGAAUUAGUGAAGAGAUAAAACAAAUUAGUCACUCCAAUAAUGACCAUGUUAAUUUUGUAUCAAAAAUAUGCUUAGAGCUUGUAGAGUACAGCUUUGAAGCCUUAAAAUUUUCUAGAAUGAAUAAUGAAACUUCAAGCAAAACUGAAAAUAAAGAGAAUAAUGGGGAUUUGGAGAAUAAUCACCUAGUUAAUAACAUUUUUAAGUUUAUUUGUGAUAACAUGCGUAUCCUGGAAAUGGAUGAUUUGGUCAGAAUAAUAUCAAUAUUCUUUUCGAUACAAACCGGACAAGCACCACCAUUUAUUACUAUAAAUGGUGAAUAUUUAUCCAAUUUAACCAAGUUGAUACUGGAUUACAGAUUAUCUCCUAGUUCUACUCAGCAUUCUGGUAACAAGAUUGCUUUUGGGCCCAAUUCUCUCUACACCUGUAACAUAUUAGUGAAGAUUUCAAAACUCCAUCUUAUUAACCACACUUAUCACAUGAAUAAUUUUGAUUCAACCAACUUGACUUCCUCAUCUGAUCAGAAUGAAAAUUUUACAUUGGAUAAAGAAAAUCCUAUGAAUAAAAUUAAGGAAUAUGUCCACAGUAAUAUUUACCCAAUCAUAAGUGAAAACAUAACUAGGUUUACAAGUGAUAACAUAGUUGAACUGGUUGAAGUCAUCAGAAGACUAGGUGAACCUUUUCCAAUGAAUUUAAUCGAUCAAAUUGCUACUGCAUACGUAAAGCAUAUUUCACAAUAUACUAUUGAUAAUAUGCUGAAGCUGGUUGAGGAGUUUAAUCUAAUGAAUAUCAAAAAUGAGCUGGUUAUGCUCAACACCAUUGUCACGCUCCCAAGAAAAGUUACUACACUGGACUCGUUUGAACGUGUUAUCAAGUUGCUGGAAGUUUUCAAAGACUAUGAAAGUGAAUACCUGGACACCUUUAUCACCGAGCAAAUUUACCAAAUAUACCACAAAAUCAAUAAAAAAUUCUUAAAUAGAAUUAACAAAUUAAUUGGAGAAUAAUUCCAAAAACAUAUUAGUGUACAUCAGGUAGCCACAUCUGACAGUUUUCCAGGUUUGGUCUGGUGUGCUUCUGAGGCUCGUUCUUGUUUUCCUGAACCCAGACGAGAAUGAACGAGAUUAGGAGUUGCCACAAGUAAGGUCUCAGCUUCUGUUCACUCACGUCAUUGGCAGCCAGAUACAGUACCCUGUAGAUGGGAUAGUCGAUCUUCUCCUUCUUGAUCAACAUCAGAGCUUUGUAGUACUAUAAAUCAAUUUUAAUUCUG